CUGCGGCCAUCGCUGAGGCUCCUGUGGCCGAGAUGAAGUUCAAUCCCUUCGUGACUUCCGACCGGAGCAAGAACCGGAAGCGGCACUUCAACGCGCCGUCCCACAUUCGCAGGAAGAUCAUGUCCUCCCCUCUUUCCGAGGAGCUGAGGCAGAAGUACAACGUGCGCUCCAUGCCCAUCCGGAAGGAUGACGAAGUGCAGGUUGUGCGAGGACACUACAAAGGUCAGCAGAUUGGCAAGGUUGUCCAGGUCUACAGGAAGAAGUACGUCAUCUACAUUGAACGAGUGCAGCAAGAAAAGGCAAAUGGCCCAACCGUCCAUGUGGGCAUUCACCCUAGCAAGGUGGUUAUCACUAGACUAAAACUGGACAAAGACCGCAAAAAGAUCCUUGAACGAAAAGCCAAAUCUCGCCAAGUAGGAAAGGAAAAGGGCAAAUACAGGGAAGAAACAAUUGAGAAGAUGCAGGAGUAAAGUAGCCUUCUCUGUGAUUUGAAAUAAAAACUGUUAAAA